GCGAGCAUGCGCAGUGCCCCGUCCUGGGCGCCGGUGCGGAGUUGGGCAUAAAUGUGGAAUCCAAAGGGGUUGAGGGAGGUGUGGCGUCGUCUGAGGCGGUUCCUGGCUUGCUGCUCUUUGGCCGUCGCUUGCCCGCUAUGACUUGCUCUUCCCCGCGUUCUCCAAACUGUUCCUGCGAGUCCUGUCCUGGGCGGUGACGAGAAACAGGGAGGCGAGCCGUCACCUGAAUCUCUGACGAGAGUCGCAAGCCUGCCGGGUACUGUCACGGCGAUGGCCUUUUGCCUGGUCCCCACCAUGGAGGAGCAGGUCAGCAAUUUGGUCAAUUGAUGACAACCCUGUUAAACACAGUUUGUCUGCAAACAGUCAAGAAUGACAUGAGCAUAUGUGUUAUUAAGGGCAAACAGGACAAAGAGGUUAAAAGGCAGAGGGCAGAAGGAGUUCCAAGAUGGCAACUAGAGGGAGGCUGCCAUUCCUUGUCACUCCACAACUUGGGAUUCAAGCAGAGGUGGAUUGGCGUUCUGACCUUGUAUGUCAUGCACAGAAAGAAGCUAGACUGUGCUGGAGGAGUUCUUCUCAGCAGUUACUUGAUCGUCCUCAUGGUCCUUCUGGCAGUUGUUAUAUGUACUGUUUCGGCCAUCGUGUGUGUCAGCAUGAAAGGAACCAUUUGUAACCCUGGACCACGGAAGUCGAUGUCUAAGCUGCUGUACAUCCGCUUAGCGCUCUUUUUGCCGGAGAUGGUCUGGGCUUCUCUGGGGGCAGCCUGGGUAACAGAGGGCGUCCAGUGUGACAGGACUGUUGUGAAUGGCAUCGUAGCAACCGUCGUUGUCAGUUGGAUCAUCAUCGCCGCCACGGUGGUCACCAUUAUCAUUGUCUUUGACCCACUGGGGGGGAAAAUGGCCCCAUAUUCCUCGGCUGGUCCCAGUCACCCGGAUAGUAAUGAUUCAAGCCAGUUACUUAAUGGCCUCAAGACAGCAGCUACAAGCGUGUGGGAAACCAGAAUCAAGUUCUUGUGCUGUUGCAUUGGGAAAGACGACCAUACUCGAGUUGCUUUUUCGAGUACGGCAGAGCUUUUCUCAACCUACUUUUCAGACACAGAUCUGGUGCCCAGUGACAUCGCGGCGGGUCUCGCCCUUCUCCACCAGCAACAGGACAAUGUGAGCAACAGCCAGGAGCCUAGUGAGGUGAUCAGCCACUCCCCAGGGGACUCCCAGGAAGCUGAUUUGGAUGCAGAAUUAGAAAAUUGCCAUCAUUAUAUGCAGUUUGCAGCAGCUGCCUAUGGGUGGCCUCUCUACAUUUAUAGAAACCCAUUUACAGGACUGUGCAAGAUUGGAGGUGACUGUUGCAGAAGCAGAACAACAGAAUAUGACUUGGUUGGAGGUGAUCAGCUCAACUGCCAUUUCAGCUCCAUCCUGCAAACGACGAGGCUACAAUACAGGGACUUCAUUCACAUAAGCUUUCAUGACAAGGUGUAUGAGCUGCCCUUCUUGGUGGCUCUGGACCACAGGAAGGAGGCCGUCGUGGUCGCUGUGAGAGGGACCAUGUCUCUCCAGGACAUCCUCACCGAUCUGUCUGCAGAGAGCGAGAGCCUCCACCUGGAGGCUGAGGUGCAGGACUGUGUGGCACACAAGGGCAUUGCUCAGGCUGCCAGAUACAUUUACCGACGACUCAUCAAUGAUGGGAUUCUGAGCCAAGCAUUCAGCGUCGCUCCCGAAUACCGGCUGGUUGUGGUGGGGCACAGCCUGGGCGCAGGAGCAGCUGCCCUGUUGGCCAUCAUGCUCCGGAGCUCCUACCCACAAGUCCGGGCCUAUGCCUUCUCCCCACCCCGAGGGCUGCUAAGCAAAUCUCUUUACGAGUACUCCAAGGACUUCAUUGUGUCACUUGUCCUGGGAAAGGAUGUGAUUCCCAGGUUAAGUGUGACCAACUUGGAAGAUCUGAAGAAAAGGAUCUUGCGAGUGAUUGCUCACUCUAAUAAGCCUAAGUACAAGAUCUUGCUGCAAGGCUGCUGGUACGAACUGUUUGGAGGGAACCCUGAUAACUUCCCAACCGAACUGGAUGGGGGUGACCAGGGAGACCUGACACAGCCUCUUCUUGGGGAGCAGAGUCUGCUGACACACUGGUCCCCAGCAUACAGCUCCUCCAGUGAUUCCCCACUUGACUCUCCACCCAAGUACCCGCCUCUGUAUCCUCCUGGCAGGAUCAUCCACCUGGAGGAAGAGGGCAACUCAGGGAGGUUUGGCUGCUGGGCUGCUGCUCGGUAUAGAGCAAGGUGGUCACAUGAAGCAGAAUUCAGCAAAAUACUCAUAGGCCCAAAGAUGCUGACAGACCACAUGCCAGACAUCCUGAUGAGAGCCUUGGACAGCAUGGUGGCCGACAGAGCAGCCUGUCUCUCCUGUCCAGGACAAGGGGUCUCUAAUACAGAUGUGGUAUAAUCAGGUAUCCUGGGAAUGGCCCCAGAACAAUGGAUUCAUACAUUAAUUCUUAAACCAACUUAAUGCGCAAAUAACUUCCAUGAUGCCAGUACACUGGAUGCCCACUGACAGGAAUCUGAUGGGUACUCAAUUUAAUGAGCUUCAAGAUGACUCAACAGUCCGUUGGAACUACUUUUGAUCAUAGUGGCAGCAGGAUCAGGAGUCAGGGAAGCGUGCCAAGACUACGGGGCUGCCAAGACAGCAAUGUGGGGAAGCCAGGUGGAAGCAGCUCCCCGACCCACGCCACCUAAGAACGGCCCCAAAAGGGCAGGAAUCCAACGGCAUUUGAAGACCCUAAAUGGACUGUAGCCUUCCCCCACUCAGGGUCUUGUCCUGCUACCACUUAGGUGGGUCUGAACUUGGAUGACAGGUGUAUAGUUUAUUUUUCCAUAUCUCAGGGUACUAAGGGCAGCCCUGAGCUCUGUCUUCAAAUGAAGAUGAGCCAGGUCGGGAGGUAAGCAAAGGCCACUCCUGCUCCCUCAGCCUAUGGCUCUGCCUGUGUUUACACCACCUGGGUGUUUAAACAGCGAGAGUUGAUAGUUUGAUUCUCAUGUAUUAUUUUGGCUCUGAGGCCAGCCAGUGGGUUCAGAAGUUUAAAAAAUAAAGUACUUGCACACCAUGAGUAGUAUUUCCAGGUAGGUUUGCUUUACUGAGUUGUUUUACAGCAAUUGUUUUAAGUAUUGGCUUUUUCUGCCUACUGUAAACAAAAAUGAAAUCUUAGAUUUUCUGGGCAUUCUGGCUAAAUAUUAAAGAUGCACAAGUACCCCGUUUCACCCACAAGACACCCAAUAAAUGAUGGUUGAGGAAUUUCUCUGAAAAGCAUAAACCCACAAGGAUGGGGGAAAGCUAGAGACAAGAAUGGUUGGCUCAAGAAUGACUCCCAACCAAGCGCUGUGACCACCUGUGAUCCCCGUGGCUCAGGAGGCUGAGGCAGGAUUUCGAGUUCAAAGCCAGCAUCAGCAAGUGAAACCCUAAGCAACUUGGACCCUGUCUCUAAAUAAAAAAGGCUGGGGAUGUGGUUCAGAGAUUAAGCACCCAUGGGUUCAGUCCCUGGUACCAAAAAAAAAAAACCAUUCCCAAGUAGGAAAGAUGAGCUAGCUGGCUCACCACCCAGGUUCCUAGGAACUGAGCAGGUGUGAAAACAGCUAUGUCCAAAGGAUCUGAGGGGGAGGAAAAAUCUGGUCUGGCCCUUUGCUCUUGGGCAGAGGGUGGGGUCUGCGCAUCAGCAAUUGAGGAAA